AUGUCUCGAUUCUUCCGCGGCGGUGACGAUAGCUCGUCCGAGAGCAGCUCCGACGAGGAGGAGCUUUACUCCGAAGAGGAGGAGGAAGAGGAGGAGCAGGGCCAGGAAGAGGAAUCUGAGGAGGAAGAUGAGUCCGAAGAGGGUUCUGACGAGGAAGUAGACGAUGAAGAUGCCAAGAAACAAGGUGGUGCGCGUUUCUUCAUGGACGAGUCUUCUGAGAGCGAGGAGAGCGACACCGAGGUCACGACCAAGGUCAAAAGUGCCAAAGACAAGCGAUUCGAUGAACUCGAGGCUACCAUCACCACCAUUCAAAAUGGCCAGAAGAUUAACGACUGGGGUUCGAUUUCGACGGAGUUCGACAAACUCAACAGGCAAGUUGAGAAACUGCGCAUCGGCGGCAAGGCUCCUAAGGACUACAUCAAAUGUAUUGCCGAGCUUGAGGACUUCAUGAACGAGACCCUCGCGAAGCAAAAGGUCACACCGAAGAAGAUGAAUGCCACCAAUGCACGCGGCCUGAACGCAGUCAAGCAACGAAUCAAGAAGAACAACAAGGAUUACCAGGACCAGAUCGAUGCUUACAGAGCUGACAAGGAUGCGUUCAUGGAGUCUGAUGAGGAGGAGGAGCCGGCUCCGAAGCCUAAGAAGGUCAAGUCCGUUGAUUUUGCUUCAGAGGCAGCCGACUUCGACGACGAAGGGUUCGCCACGGUUGGCAAGGGUGGAAGGACACUACAGUUCACUCCCGAGAGCAUCUUCAAACAUCUUAGGACUAUCAUGGAGUCUCGUGGCAAGAAGAACACAGAUCGUCAAGAGCAGAUCAAGAUCAUGGAGAAGCUUAACGAGAUUGCUGUAACCCCCUACCAGCAGAUUCGUGUCCUGCUCACCCUCGUCUCUGCCCGUUUCGAUCUUGGCUCCUCCGGCGCCACCUCGAUGCCUCUCGAUCACUGGAAGUCAGCUGAGAAGGAGCUAUCGCUUCUUUUCACUGUUUUAGAUAAGAACCGGGAAUAUAUCGUCAUUGAGAACGCCGAGGAGUGGGAAGAUGACGACAAACCACCCACUCUCGAGAAGGAUCAGACCUACAUCAAGAUUCCUGGCAGCGUAGUCUCAUAUAUUGAGCGUCUGGAUGAUGAACUUACCCGAUCACUCCAAAACAUCGACCCUCACACCUCAGAGUAUAUCGAGCGCCUGACGGACGAAAGCUCUCUGUACAACAUUAUCUUCCGCGGCCUUCUCUACUACGAGACACUCAAGAAGGACACCUCACUAGAUAUCCCGCAAGACAGCUUGAACAGAAUUGUCAUGCGGCGACUAGAGCAUGUCUACUUCAAGCCUUCCCAAGUUGUGAAGAUUCUGGAGGAGAGCUGCUGGAAUCAGGUGUCCGCAGAGGUUGACUCCGCCAUCACACCACGAAAUGAUACCGGAGAUGCCACUCAGCUUCUCAACAUCCUCUGCAACUACCUCUUUGCCAACAGCGACGGUAUCCUGCGCGCCCGUGCUAUGCUGUGCCAGAUCUACUUCUUGGCCCUUCAUGACGAGUACUACAAGUCCCGAGACAUGAUGCUGAUGUCCCAUCUGCAGGAGACUAUUGGCAGCUUCGAUGUCCAGAGCCAGAUCCUGUACAACCGCACGCUUGUGCAAGUUGGCCUAUGCGCCUUCCGCAAGGGGCUGGUUUAUGAUGCCCAGAACACCCUUCAGGAGAUCUGCGGCAGUGGCCGUCAAAAGGAGCUUCUCGCUCAAGGUGUGAUGAUUCAGAGAUACAGCCAAGUCUCCCCUGAACAAGAGAGGUUGGAGAGACAGCGACAGCUGCCCUUCCACAUGCACAUCAACCUCGAGCUUCUCGAGUGUGUCUACCUCACCUGCAGCAUGCUUCUGGAGAUACCUCUGCUUGCUCAAACCGGCUCAUCACCAGACGUCAAGAAGAGAGUCAUCAGCAAGACCUAUCGCCGCAUGUUGGAGUAUCACGAGAGACAGAUCUUCACUGGUCCGCCUGAGAACACACGAGACCAUGUCAUGCAGGCGUCCAAGGCCCUGGCGGCCGGCGAGUGGAAAAAGGCCACCAACUUUAUCCACGCCAUCAAGAUCUGGGAGCUGAUGCCGAACACUGAGAGCAUCAAGACCAUGCUCGCCAAGCAGAUCCAGGAGGAGGGACUGCGCACAUAUCUCUUCACCUACGCACCAUUCUACGACACCCUUGCCGUCGAGACUCUCAGCUCAAUGUUCGAGCUAGAGCCCCGAAAGGUUGCUGCCGUCGUCAGCAAGAUGAUCAGCCAUGAGGAGCUGGCCGCUGCCCUCGACCAAGUCACAGGCGCCGUCAUCUUCCGCAAGGGCGUUGAGCUGAGCCGCCUGCAGAGCUUGGCCCUCACCUUGUCCGAUAAGGCCAGCUCGCUAAUCGAGACGAACGAGCGGACGCUUGAGCAGCGGACCCAGGGAUCCAGCAAUGCGUUUGAGAGGCAAGGAGGACGUGGAGGACGAGGCCGCGGAGGUGGACAGCGGACUGGCCGUGGCGGAAUCAGGACUGGCGGAACCGGACCGCGCCAGGCCGGAGGCACACAGUUUACGGGAGGUGUGCUUGGCGGCGCGGUGCGGGGAUAG